CUAAAAAGAGCUGGGAAGAGUUGGUCUAUAAAUAGAGAAUCCAUACGCAGUCUUACAAGAAAGGGAGACAGAGAGAGAGGAGAGAGAACAGAGAGAGACACCACCUUGCCAAUUGAUGGCCAGCCGUUUUGCUCCGCCAAAUCUCCUUCAAAACCUCCGCCGUCUCACGCGCCGGCCGCUCAACUCCGCCACCCCCUCCGCGCUCUCUCCGGCCCUCACUCUGGAAGAAAAGCCAGAUCCCUCGGCCACCUCCGCCUCCGCCACCUCUAUCCUCAAAUUUGAUGACACCAAGGAGGUGUUCUCCUCCGUUUCCACCGGAAAGCUCGUGAAAUCGGCAGCGAACCUCCACUUGGCGGCCAUAGAGACGAUGGUCGAUUUGGGCAUGUGGGUCAUGACUUCGCGGUUGAUGGACACGGCGGUGGCUCGUGAGGUGGUGCUCGGGGUUGUGCGGCGCACGUUCUACGACCAUUUCUGCGCUGGCGAAGGCCCGGCCGAGGCUUGCCGGACGGCGGCCAAGCUCUGGGACGCCGACUGUCUCAGAGGGACACUGGCUUACGCCCUGGAACAUGCCACCGAUAACGAGUCCUGUGAUCGGAAUUUAGAAGGCUUCGUUGGGACUGUUGAAUCAACCAAGUCGCUUCCACGCUCUUCUGCCAGCUUUGUGGUGCUGAAGAUAACUGCAAUUUGCCCAAGCCGUUUGCUUCAUAGAAUCAGUGAUUUGCUCCGAUGGGAAUAUAAGAAUGAAGCUCUAAAGCUUCCAUGGAAGCUGAACACUCUUCCAAUCUUCUCUGAUGGCAGCCCUUUCUAUCAUACACCCAGAAAACCAGACCCUUUAACCCAAGAAGAAGAACAAGAUCUUCACUUGGCCUACCAAAGACUCCAAAAACUAUGUGAAAAAUGCCUGGAAGCCAAUAUACCUUUACUAGUUGAUGCAGAGGACACAUCGAUCCAACCGUCUAUCGAUUACUUCACAUACUCUGCUGCAAUCCUGUACAAAAACGUCGAUGACCCGGUUAUCUACGGGACAAUCCAGACCUACUUGAAGGAUGCAAAAGAGAGAUUGCUCCAAGCAUCCGAUGCUGCAGAGAAAAUGGAAGUGCCGAUUGGUUUUAAACUGGUUCGGGGGGCUUACAUGACGAGCGAGAGAAAAUUGGCUUCUUCUCUAGGAGUUGAGUCUCCAAUUCACAACACCAUUGAUCAAACGCACGCUUGCUUCAAUGACUGUGCCUCUUUCAUGCUCGACAAAGUCGGGGAUGGCUCAGGGGCCAUCCUCCUUGCCACCCACAAUGUCGAAUCAGGGAACAAAGCGGCAACAAAAGCGCGUGAUUUAGGGAUCGGGAAGGGGAACCCCAAGCUGCAGUUUGCUCAGUUGUACGGGAUGGCGGAUUCAUUGUCCUUUGGGCUGAGAAAUGCAGGGUUCCAAGUGAGCAAGUAUAUGCCAUUCGGGCCUCUGGAGCUGGUGAUGCCCUAUCUUCUGAGAAGGGCUGAAGAGAACAGAGGCCUCUUGUCUGCUUCCACAUUAGACAGGCAGCUCAUUAGGAAGGAGGUAACGAGGAGGCUGCAAGCUGCAGUGCUGAAAGGGGUUAAUUAGGGACGGUGAUUCAUGUGUAGAAACAGCCCAUUUGGGCUUCUUAUGUAAUCAAAAUUACUCUUAUCAAUAAAUAAGAACAAAGUUACAUUUCCCCGAUAAA